AUGGCAGAGAUUGUGAUAUCAAUCGGGUCAAAGCUUGCAGAAUAUUUGGUGGCUCCAAUUUCACAAGGAGCUACUUAUUUGUUUUGCUUCAAGCAGUUCAUUGGAGGUGUUGAGAAAACAAAACAAGAGCUGGAGGCAAAACUAGAAGACGUGAAAAAGCGUAAAGAAGAAGCUGAUCGAAAAACUGAAGAAAUAAUGCCAUCCGUGAAGAAGUGGUUGGACGAUGUGAAUGCAAUCCUAGAAGAGGUGCAAAAGCUGCAACAAGAGCUUGAAGGAGGACCAAACAAGUGUUUUAAUGUGUCACUCAGAUAUUCUUUAGCAAAACGAAUGGAAAAUAAAGCUAAGCAAAUGACAGAUCUCAAACAAAAUUCUAGCUUUGAGCCAUUUUCCCAACUGAUCCAACUUCCUGGCAUUACUUACUUCUCUUCCAAAGAGUUUAUGGCUUUCAACUCAAGGAAAUCAACUUAUAAUCGUCUUUUGGAGGCAAUUAUAAAUGGCAAAAACAAGAUGGUGGGACUAUAUGGUAUAGGGGGCUCAGGCAAAACCACUUGGGCAAAAGAAGUGGGCAAGAAAGUGGAUGAGCUGAAGCUUUUUGACAAUGUCAUCAUGGUAGUUGUUUCUAAACCCCUAAAUAUUCUUAACAUUCAGCAGGAAAUAGCAGGGCAAAUAGGCUUACAACUUCAAGAGCCAACUCAACUUACUAAAGCACAAAGGCUGUCAGAAGGAUUGAAAAAUAAGAAGAUUCUUAUAAUCUUGGAUGAUGUGUGGAGCAAACUAAAGCUUGAAGAUAUUGGAAUUCCAACCACUGGAGGUUGUCAUAUCUUGUUGACCACUCGCCUUCGAGAUGUAUGUGUCUCUAUGGAUUGUGAGAGUAAAAUUGAGUUGUCUCUCUUAACAGAGGAAGAGGCAUGGGCUUUGUUCAAGAUGCAUGCUAACACAACUAGUGUGUCAACGAAUGAGUUCGAUAGCAUCGGAAGGAAGAUUGUUGAUGAGUGUAAGGGUUUGCCUAUAGCAAUUGUAACAGUUGGAAGCACAUUAAAAGAAAAGAGUAUUCAUACGUGGAGAUCAACAUUAGAAAGGCUACGACAUCCCCCACCACUGGAUAUUGAAGAUGAUUUGAAGACCCCUUAUGUAACUCUCAAAGUAAGUUAUGAUAAUUUGUCGAGUCCGCUAGCUAAGUCGCUCUUCAUAUUGUGCUCUAUGUUUCCUGAGGAUCAUGAAAUCCAUAUAGAGGAUUUAAUUCGUUUUGGCAAAGGGACUCUUAAGCUUGGUGAAAGAAUUUACACAAUGGAGAAAACAAGGAAUAGGGUUUUAGCUAACAUUGAGAAAUUGUUAGAUUCUUCUUUGUUAAUGCAUACCAGUAAGCAGGCACAUGUAAAAUUGCAUGAUGUGGUUCGAGAUGUAGCCUUGUGGAUUGCAAAGGAGCAAUGUCAAGAAGUUCUGGUGGACAACCAAGAAAUUUCAGAGAUGUUAAUUGGUAACCACCAAAGUUUGGAAGAUACAAAGGCAGUGUCAUUGUGGAAUUUGGAUGAGGAUCUCGAGCUCUCUAAACAAUUGCAUUUUCCAAAACUUGAGAUUCUACUACUUCAACCAUAUGGGUUCAUUCGAGAUAUUGGAGCAAUGGAGUCACUCAAAGUCUUGGCACUCAUAAGACAUGGAUUUGAGUGGGAAUUGCGGAGGUGGGAUCCAACUUUUUGUUCAAUUCCACAAUCAAUUGUAUCAUUAACUAAUCUUCACACCUUAUGCCUUAGAGGGAAAAAUUUGGGGGACAUAUCUCUUUUGGGUGAACUUAAAGGAUUGGAGAUUCUUGACUUACGUGGUUCUCGAUUUGCUGAAUUACCUAUUGGAAUUGUAGAUAUGAAAAUGCUGAAACUUUUGGAUAUAUUUGGUUGUCAAAUUGAGAAAAGCCCUUUAGAAGUAAUUGGAAGAUGUGAGCAGCUUGAAGAAUUAUACUUUUGGGACCACAAAUCUGUCAUCCCAGAAAUUCUCUCUCUUUCAAAUUUGAAGAGGUAUGUUAUCUAUGAUUCCAGAUUAAUUUAUGAAUAUUUGGAUGACUCUUUUCAACAAUAUUUGGAUGGUUGUGAUGAAGCAUUAAGAGCUUUAUGUAUACAAGGCUUUAGAGUCUCUACUUUGAAUGCAUCAAUGAAAGAUCUCAUUCUUAGAGCAAACCACCUUUGGCUAGAUAACUGUGAGUGGGAUUAUAAAGAUACAAAUUUUCAGAUAAAGCACUUAGUGGUAUCAUGCUGUCAAGAGAAAAGAUUCAUCAUCAAGAACCCUGAUGUGAACAUUCUUCAAACACAACAAGUAUUCUCACGCUUGAUCACUUUAACAUUGUUUGAAAUGAAUAGUCUUGAACAAGUGUUUCAAGAUUCGUCUAUUGGCUGCUCUCUCCCCAUGUUACAAGAGCUAUGGAUACGGAGUUGUCCUGAAUUGAGAAUCUGUAUCUUCUCGCAUGCCACCAUUACGAGCCUGCCAAAGUUGAGAAAACUUCGUAUUUAUCGUUGUGACAAAGUGAAAUGGCUAUUGUCUUGUUCCCUAGCUUCUUAUUGUCCUUUACUGAAGGAAAUAAUUAUAAGCAAUUGCUCUGAAUUUGAGAGGCUCAUUGAUGAAGAAGCUGCACAUGGGGAUCCACUACUUCAUGAUAAGCAAUAUUAUCCAUAUGGAAAGGAAAAUGAUAGUGCUUAUGUGGGCGUUAUAGCAAAAAGGUUCAAUCAGUUGCAAAAUGAGCAAUCCUUGAUCCUUUUUCUAAGGUUGAAAAGUCUAGAAAUUGAAAGGAGUGGAAAAAAGAAAGGUAUAAUGGAAAUCCAAGUCAGAGGAAGAAUAGAAGAUGAUGAAGAAUCUAUUAAAGCCCAAGAACCUCUAAAGCUGGAUUCAGAGUUGAGUGAAUUAAAAUUAGAUGUUCUACCAGAAUUGGAAUAUAUUUGGAAGGGCCCCACCCAAAUUGUGAGCCUCCACAGACUUGAAGAUAUUUCACUAACAGAUUGUCCAAAAUUGAAAAGUAUUUUCACUCUAGCUAUUGUUGCAAGCCUUCCAGAGUUGAGAAGACUUGUAGUAGAUAACUGCCAGGAAUGGGAGGGAAUAUUUUGUGAAGAAUCACUCAAAAACCUCUCUUCUUCUAAUAUUUGCUUCCCCAAACUUAAGAAGAUUAACAUAUAUAAUUGCAACAAAGUGAGAUGGUUGUUAUCUUAUUCUCUGGCAUCUCAUUGUCCUUCACUAGAGUUCAUAUACAUAGACAGUUGCUCUGAAUUUGAGGGGCUUAUUGGUGAAGAAGCUGCACAUGGGGAUCCACUACUUCAUGAUAUGCAAGAUCAUCCACAGCAACCUUUGAUUCGAAAUUGUUCUGAACUUGAGAGGCUUGUUGAAGAAGCAUCAUAUGGGGAUCGGCUACCACUUCUCAAACUGAAGUACUUACGCUUGUUGUCAUUGCCGAAAUUGAGAGAGAUCUUCUCUCACAAACAUGAGAAUGAUAAAAUGAGAGCGGUAAAGUCAGAAUUGUGUUCUACAUGGUUAGAAGAUCUACCGGAAUUAGAAUAUAUCUGGAAAGAUCCCAUACAAAUUUUGAGCUUCUAUAGACUUGAAGAGAUUACACUGUUGGAAUGUCCGAGAUUAAGAAAUAUAUUCACUGUUGCUGUCGUUACAAGCCUUCCAGAGUUGAGGGAACUUGAUGUAAACGGAUGCAAUGAAUGGGAGGGAAUAUUUUGUGAAGAGUCACUUAAGAAUCUGUCUACUACUCCCACUCGUUGCUUCCCCAAACUUGAGACCAUUUUUAUAUCUCGUUGUCACAAAGUGAGAAGGGUGUUCUCAUAUUCUCUGGCAUCUCAUUGUCCUUCAUUGAAGAAAUUAUAUAUAGCGAAUUGCUGUGAAUUGGAGGGGGUUGUUGAAGCUUAUGAAGGUGAAGUAGCUGCUCAUCAUCAUCAAAGGCUGUUUCCUGAACUAAAUUAUUUGAAGCUCAGUAAUUUGCCAAAGUUGAGAGAGAUUUAUGAAGGUUAUGAAUCCAACCUCCUUUCUGGUACUAUAACAAUAGAAGAUUGUCCAAACAUAUCAAAAAUCUCAAAAAUCCCAUUAGAAGACAAGCCCUCGUCAUCAGGUUCGUAG